AUUUCAAAGAGAAUAGUGCUUUUUUGGUUUAUUAAUUUGGAAACAAAGAACGUGGGAUGGUAGAUGGAGGGAGGUAGGCCCAUUCACCGUUUGAAAGUAAAAGAAAAAAAGGGGGAAUUUGAGCAUGGGGUUAUAAGAUUCCAUGAUGUUCUUGCUUUUCUUGCGUCACUUUUCAACCCUUUUCUUGAUAAAUCACUUUCUGUAAAAAUAUUUUCACUCAUAUUCGAUUAAUUUAACCUUUGCUAGGUUGGUACAUUUUGCAACUUUUCUUUUUUGUCUUUAUUCAAUUCAACUUGUAUUAUUUGAUUUGAGGCCUUAGCCCAAAUUCGAUAUUCAUUUGGGCUAAAAUUGUAUGAGUAAGGCCCAAAUUCCCAAACCCAAUAUUCCUGCACAUCAAGCUAGCGUGAAUCUACAUCUGCUCCGGCAAAAGAGACGAGGAAGAAGGAGAAAAAAUGGGGAUAUUGGCGUGCAUAGGUAUGAUAUUGCCAUUUCCAUUUUACUACUAUCUUUGGAACCACCCGCAGUCAUGGGUUAAUCUGUGUGGGAGGAGCCGUGACCCCUGCAAAAUCAUGGCCUUGGUGUCGCAUUUCAUUAAGAUCGUUCAGUUCGUGUCGCUCUUCUCCGUCUCCGAUCUUCAUUGGCCGCCGCCUUUCUACUUCUGGCCGCUCUUCUUAUUCGGCCAGUUUCUCAACUUCAGGGUCUACCAGCUUUUGGGAGAACCAGGAACCUAUUAUGGUGUGCGUUUUGGGAAGAACAUACCAUGGGUGACUGAGUUUCCCUUUGGAGUAAUUAGAGAUCCUCAAUACGUUGGAAGCAUCAUGAGCCUUGUCGCAUGUCUUCCUUGGGUACCUUAUUUAUACAUCGGCCUGUGGGUUCUGGGCUACGUAUUUAUGAUACAAGUUGAGUCGAAGGAAGAUCCUUCAACUCGUGCAAAGCCUCUCUCUUGAGGUUAGGUGCCGAAGCUUCAAUAUAGUUUCUUGAAUAACCUCUUUCAUGCAUAAUUUAUCCAAUUUUUCCCUUUGUUGUUGUGAACAUGUUUCUAUGAACCUCAGCAAUAUGGCUGGUGCAUUCGAAUCACUUGAUAAUUAGACCUGUCGAAAUCUAGGGGCCAGGCUUAUGGCCCAAAUGGAAGAACUCAUGUCGGGUCGUGCUUUAAAAUCGUUCGGAUCUAAAAAAGCAUAGCCGCAGCCCAACCCCAAAAUUGGGCUGGUUUGCAGCCCAAUUUGAUGUGAAAAUGGGCUGGCACCGUAGAGUGUAGAACGUGUCAAAUUUUACAAUUUUAUCGAUAAUUGAUCAUAGUAAUUCCUAAUUUAGUGGUGAAGUAUACAUGUAUUUGGCAAUAAGUUUUCCAGACAUAGAUUGAGACUUAAGUCCAUAUUCAGUGACA